UUUCCCCCUUCCCUCCACCUCAAUCAUGCGCAGGAUUUUGUGUCUACACGGGCAUGGAACGAGUGCCGACAUCUUCCAGGCACAGACUGCAUCAUUCCGUGCCAAACUUGGACCCGACUACAGCUUCGACUUUGUCAACGCCCCCCACCCCAGCCCAGGCGCACCUGGGAUCGAGGCGAUAUUUCGUAACUCCACCACUUACACCUGGUACACCCACCCAACUCCAGAGGCCAUAUGCGCCGCCCAUGACUGGGUAAUCACAUACACGCGCGAGCAUGGACCAUACGAGGCAGUGUGCUGCUUCUCGCAAGGCUGCGCACUCGCCAGCACUCUAGCCCUCUACCACGCCCACAAUAGCCCUCCCAUUGAGCCACUCCCCUUCCGCGCUGCCAUCUUCAUCUGCGGAGGGGUCCCGCUCCCCGCGCUGGCCGACUUGGGGCUUCCGGUCUCCCCUCGCGCACACGAGAUCAACCGGUCGACCGGCGCCCUCCUGCAAGCCACUGCCGGGCGACUGUCCACAUUCGCCGCGGACCCCAAGCAGAUCCAGCGCGGUGUGGGUCUCUGGGAUCAUCUCGUCGAGAGCCCAGACCUCCUGGUCCGCGAUCCCGCCCGCCGGCCCGAUCGCCAGGACGUCUUCGGCCUCGACUUUACGCAGUUCCCCGCUUGGGCCACCAUCCGGAUUCCGACCGUGCAUAUCUACGGGUCGAAGGAUCCCCGUUGGCCGGCGGGGAUCCAGUUAGCCGAGUUCUGUCCGGAUCGAGUGGAGUAUGACCACGGUGGGGGCCAUGAUAUUCCCCGGACGACAGGGGUGUCAACUAAGAUUGCGUCGUUGGUAGAGCAGGUUCUGAGGCGAGUUGGAGAAGAGUGAUCAACAGUAGGAUAUCAUGAGCAAACCUGGAAACAGCGAUCUUCUCUUGAAUCCCAUUAGCUUCGGAGAUAACCCUAAACUCCUUCCGCUUAACUCCAC